AUGAAAUUGUUCGUUGGGUUUCUGCUAGCAGCGACCACAUCGUGUGCCGUUGCUAUUUACUAUCCUCCUCCGCCGCUAUUCGAAGUUCAGGAGUCACAUUUCGCUUACCAGCUAAAGAGCUUUCGCCAAUCAUUGGAUGAAUGUGCAGAGUAUUUGGAUGUAGCCGUUGAGGAUAUUGAUAAUUUGUAUAUUAACAACUUCGUCACCAACGAUAAGAGCCUCAAGUGUUUGAUUCGGUGUGUUGGAAUCAAUUCUGGUUGGUGGCAUGAUGAGUUGGGCGUUCAAGGGCCAGUAAUCGAAAGCUAUUUCCAGCCAACCGCAGAUGAUUCAUGCUACGAAACACGAACUGAGGAAUGUCUCCAGGGUAGACUUGCGGGAUGCAUCGAUAACGAUUGCUCCAAGGCCUACGAAUCCUUUUUGUGCUAUUAUCAACAAUACGGAAACCUGAAGAUAUCUGAUGAGUACAUUCCAGUCGCUAAACUGGAAGCUGUCCAAGCAGCAAUUGAUUGCAUCACCAUCUUGCGCGUUCCCAGGGAUUUGAUAGAAUUGUACAGUCAAGGUAUUCUUCCUCCAGUACCCGCGACCCAAUGUCUUUACCGGGCUCAAUAUCUGGCAGAAGGUGUUUACGAUGUUAAUUCAGGCUACAAUCUGACCCGACUUUACAUUCGGUAUCACGAAGUUCCAUCACGAGACAUUCUGAAUGAAGAAACAGCUGCUUGUAUAGAAGCCGCGUUUACUCAAAGUUGUGACGAAUGCUCAAAAGUUUACAAGGCUCGAGAAUGCUUCGCUAACUACGGACCCGCAAACUAUACUUCGAUGAUUAUUCAGCAUGCAGCAAAAAUUAUUUUAGCACAAAGUUGUGAACAAGAACCUCCCUAUGAAACAGAACCACCAACAGAACCGGUAACUGAGUCAGAAUGCGAACCAGAGCUUGAACCUGAGCCUCAACCAGAACCAGAACCUGAACCAGAGCCAGAACCUGAACCAGAACCUGAGCCUGAACCUGAGCCAGAACCUGAGCCAGAACCUGAGCCUGAACCUGAACCAGAACCUGAGCCAGAACCAGAGCCUGAACCUGAGCCUGAACCAGAGCCAGAACCAGAACCGGAACCCGAACCAGAACCCGAACCCGAACCCGAACCAGAACCCGAACCCGAACCGGAACCCGAACCCGAACCAGAACCCGAACCAGAGCCUGAACCUACCCCAGAACCCAUGCCAUCACCUAGACCACACUAUUACAACAAGCCCAAACCAGAUAUGGGUUACUACAUUCCCUAUAACCAAUAUCCGGCUGUCUAUCCCAAAGUUUAA